AUGUUACGUAUAGUAUUAUUAUUUUUAAUCUUAUCCGUAUCAUUAUCUACAUCUUCAAUGUCAAUUAUUCGAAAAAAUCGUAUACGUCGACAAGCUGAUCCUCAGCAUUGUGAAGCUAUUACAGGUUUCGAUUGUAAAUGUAACCCUUAUCGUGUAACAUGUAGAAUUGAUCAUGAAUUACCAUCACCCAUAAAUAUUAUGGAAAAUGAAAAACACAAAUAUCCAUCUGUUGAAUUGAUUAUAGAAGCUUCACAUGAUAUUUAUGUUAAUGAACAUACAUUUGAACCGAUUAAAGAAUUAUAUAAAUCUGAUGGAAAUAAUUUCGAAUUUCGUAUUAAAUUCGAAAAAUUUACUGCACUUCAUCUAACAUCAUCUUCAAUAUUUAAUCGAGUAUUUCCAGAUAAUUUACCAUUGAAUGCACGAAAACAUUUAGCAUUAGAAAUUUAUAAUCCUGAAGUAGCACAACAUGAUAAUCCAAGUCUAUUUCAAAAUUUACAUGCAGAGUCAUUAGAAUUAUAUUCAUUGUAUCCAUUUCAUGGUACAUUUCAACAAUUAUUUAAGAAUGCCAAUAUAAAAUUUAUACGUUUAAGUGGUGGUGAUAUACGUUCGGAUGUUUCUGAAACAUUUACAGGCAAUAUCGCUCGUUUAGAAUUAGCUAAACAAGCUGGUGCAUUAUCAGUACAAAAUUUUCCUGUUUAUCCAGUACAUGAAUUAACUAUUAAUGCUUUUUAUAUAACUGAUUUUAAUAAUGAACAUCCACCAAAUUAUGGUAAUUUAGGUGAAUUACGUGUUCAUAGUCCAGAACGUAUACCAGCAAAUGCUUUUCGUCAAUUUCCUAAUAUACAUACUUUAUCUGUUCAAAGUGAUCGAGGUAUUGAUCCACAUGCACUUGAUGGUUUAACUCACUUAGAAAACUUAACAAUCAAAGAUUCACAACCAAAUUUAGAUCUUUUCAAUAGUUUACCAAAUCUUAAAGAAUUUAGAGCAAAUAUAGAAAAAUUAGAUGGAAAUACACAAUGUAAAUUAAUUGAAAAACUAGCUAGUGGACAAGUAGCUAUUCAUGCCCUACCAGAUGAUCGAGACUGUACAUGUGUAUCAGCUUAUUUGGAUACAGCUGUUGGGCGAUUACCAUGUAGUCCACAAGGUUGUGAAUAUUCAUCAUGUGCUGCAAUUAAAAAUAACUAUAAUGCAGAUACAAAUACAUUUAAUCCACCACCACCUAUCCGCCGUUCCGAUGGUACAGAUGCUUUACGUGAACGUGAACCACGAAUGUACACUGCACCCUAUCAAGUUACACCACAAGAUAAACAAAAACUACAAAACGCUAUUUCACCACCACAACCAGAACUAUCAGAAGAUUCAUAUGAGUACUCAUCAAAUGUAGACAACAGUCUGAUUGAGAAACCGUAUCCAGAUUCUUCAUCUAAAUAUGGAAAUCCAUGGGAUGAUUCAGUUUAUGAUUCAUCAUAUAAUGAAGCACAAGCAACAACGCAAAUAAUCUCACAAGAUAGCUCGGAACGGUAUCCGGCAGAGUCAUCUAGUGCAGAUAUUACACCAAUACCACCAAGGAAAGAAGUGAGUUUGAUACCGAUUAUAAUUAUAGGUGCAUCAAUGAUUGGUGCUCUCCUUAUUGGUUUAAUCAUUUUACUUUCACAUAAACGACGUGCUGAUGGUAGCAUCAAAAAAGAAUAUAGUCCAACAGCAACCACCGAACAAAAAGCAUAA